CAAAACCGCUCCACCUCCGUUAUUAGUUUUAUUUAUUACUGCCUCUGAAAAAACAAACACCACCUUAACCUUUUCACUAUUUGUAACCCCCCCCCCCCCCCCCCCUUCUGUAUUCCUUUCCCAUCAGAUAUGGGGAGAAGAAUGGGACAAGAUCAAUCAGAUUACAAGACCCAGUUGGUGUUGGAGGUUUGCUCCAUUUCCACACGUUCAGUUGUGUGUGUUCAUAGACAUGUCUCAAACCAUGCUAAGCCAUCUUUCAUAGAUUGGUAUUGCAUUCUUGGAGUGGAAGAAAAUGCAGGGAUGAACACCAUUCGCAAGCAAUACCAUAAACUUGCCUUGCAACUUCAUCCGGACAAGAAUACACACCCAAAGGCUGAAAUUGCAUUCAAGCUUGUCUCUGAGGCACAUAUAUGUCUGUCUGAUGCUGCAAAAAGGAAAGCUUUUGACUUAAAGAGACAUAAGAAUUUCUGCUUUGAGUGCAAUAGAAUCCCUUAUAGUACAUCCAAACAUGUCCCUGGCAAUUCCAAUUGUUCAACUUUCAAGACAUGGAAUAUCAUUAGGGACUCAAGAUCUUACAAAGUUUUGAGAUAUAUUAGAGACAUGAGAGAAAGACUGAAGGAGGAGACCAAGGUGAUAGAGAACUGUCUGCGAAAAAAUUCAAUGUCAAAGAAAGAAUCUCCCCUCUACAAUCCAGAUGACUAUAGACAUGGAAGCAGCUUCAAGCAUAAAGAUGAGAAAGAAAUCCCUAUUUUCAAUCCAUUGAAAUACUUGUACAAAGGAUACCCUCAUCUGAGGUGCAAUGUUUACAAGAAUUCUGAGGCGUGUUGGUACUUGCACACUCAAAAUCUUGUGGACACUGACAAGGGGGAAGCCAAGUAUGCAUCCCCGGUUUUUGAGGUCAGAUCACAAAGGAGCAUGCUCACAAGAAGUAAAUUUGCUUAAGUCCCAUCAAAAUGCUAGCUUACAUUUUUACAUUCAAUUGGGGCAAUGGGAUUGACAUGUUUUGGUCUCUUUUUUCAUUGAGAAUUUGUAUGAGCUAUGGAGCUUUUUAGAACCUCCGAUGGCAGGCUAUUAUAUAGUGAAUUUGGCUUGGUGAUAAAAAA